AUGGUGUUUUCAUUGACGAAUGUGAACAUUUCCGCACCUCAGGAGGAGUAUGAUGAUGAAGGGGAGAAUACUACAGAAAAGGCUGGCCUUCUCCGCUCAGAGUCGUAUCAGCCGCCUUUUGAAAACCCACGACGGAGACUCAACUACUGCGCCUCAGUCCUUUUGUUUUCAAAUAUAUGUCUUGCGACUCUUUUAUUUGUCGCUGUACAUCUACUACAGAAGCAAUAUUCCUUGCUUACGGGACCUGACCCUCCAUAUUCUUUAGAGAACGACAAUGGGUUUAAGAUAGCAAACGAGACGGCCAAGAAGCACGGCUUACCGAAAUCCGUGGAGCUAUACAGGGACCCCGGAUAUCUGAUCUACGGAUUAGGGGUUUACCAUCAACUACAUUGUCUUAAUCGCCUUCGAAAAUCGUUUUAUCCGGAUAUUUUCUAUCCGAAUAUGUCUACAGAGCAGAUUGAGAUACAUAAGAGUUCGUAUAAGCACGCUGCCAACACUAUUUCGUAUACAACUAAUUCCUAUUCAGAUCAUUGCUUCGAUGCCAUUCGCCAGGCUAUUUUAUGUCAUGGCGACAUCUCGCUAAUAUACUGGUGGGACCCUAACUAUACGUAUAUUGAUGAUGAUGGUAUCGAGCGGUAUACGGAGGACUACUUAAAAAAGAGUCCUAGGGAACGGCAAGUGGGACUACAUGCUUCAUGGAGCUCUGAAGUUCAAUGUCGGGAUAUGGAUGCCAUUAAUUCCUGGGUCAAAGAACGUAUGGUUGAUCCUGACAAGUAUGGGGGCAGGGAAGUGGAUUGA